AAAGAGGAGAAAGCGAAAUCACAGUGAGAGAAAAUCUAGAGCGAGAGAGGUCAAGAUCACAAAACAACAAUGUCAGCGUGAGACGAUUUAUUGCACUCUCCGUUAUCCCGACCGUGUCGACAUGGACAUACCUUCCAGGCGAUCGAACUACACCCUGCUGAGCCAGGUACCCGACGAGCAGCCCUUGUCGGGCGACGGCAAGGGCAAGAGAGAGAGAGGAGGGGGAUUCGACUGGGAGCUGGUCGACCACCGCAUGGCCGGAAACCAGUCGGGCCGGAUCGGUUCGAUCGGCUUGCAGAGGCAGUCGAGCGGCAGCAGCUUCGGCGACAACAGCUCCCUCUCCGGCGAGUACUACCUGCCUUCGACCGAGACGACGGCGCUCGAUCCCGACGAUUCGCUCAGGAUCGGGUCGAAGGCGAGGGCGGCGGAUUUGUCGGGCGGCGGCGUGGGGUCCGCGUCGACGUCGUCGAAGAGCUGGGCGCAGCAGACGGAGGAGAGUUACCAGCUGCAGCUGGCGCUGGCGCUGCGGCUGUCGUCGGAGGCUACGUGCGCUGACGAUCCUAACUUCUUGGAUCCCGUGCCGGACGAAUCAGCUUCGCGUUCGUUGCCUUCGGCGGAGUCUAUUUCGCACCGGUUUUGGGUGAAUGGCUGCCUGUCAUACUUCGACAGAAUUCCGGAUGGUUUUUAUUUAAUUCAUGGGAUGGAUCCAUAUGUGUGGACUGUAUGCAAUGAUCUGCAAGAGAAUGGUCGCAUUCCAUCAAUUGAAUCCCUAAAGGCCAUUGUUCCUGGAAUGGAUUCUUCAAUUGAAGUAAUUUUGAUUGAUCGACGUAGUGAUCAUAGCUUAAAAGAUUUACAAAACAGGAUUGAGAGCGUCUCGCGCAAUUGCAUCACUACAGAGGAAGUUAUUGAACAUCUUGCAAAGAUCGUUUGCAGUCGCAUGGGGGACGAAGCUUCCAUGGGAGAAGACGACUUUGUCUCGGUCUGGAAGGAGGGCAGUGAUGAUCUUAAGGAAUGCUUAGGAUCUGUUGUGCUUCCAAUUGGUAACCUUUCUGUGGGUCUUUGCAGACACCGUGCUUUGCUAUUCAAGGUGCUAGCUGACACAAUUGAUUUACCAUGCCGAGUUGCCAAGGGGUGCAAAUAUUGUACGACAGAUGCUGCUGCCUCUUGUCUUGUUCGCUUUGGUGUUGACAGAGAGUAUUUAGUUGAUUUAGUGGGGAAGCCAGGACUAUUGUGUGAACCUGAUUCCUUGUUAAAUGGUCCAUCUUCCAUCUCGAUUUCUUCACCAUUGUGCUUCCCCAGAUUCAGACAAGUUGAACCGCCGGUUGAUUUCAGGUCACUGGCCAAACAAUAUUUCUCAGACUUUGAAUCGCUUAAUAUUGUGUUCGAGGACUCUUCCACAGGUAUUAUUGUUGACGGCAAUGCUGGUAGACAGUGCAUGGAUAUAAACAGAGCUGUGCCUAGUUCGAGCGACAGCAAUGAAAUUCUUGAUAGGGAGCAGCUGUUUGAAUCAUGUAAUCCUCGCACAAACAUGGUCAAAGAUCCAGUCGCUCAGAAGCAUUUCCCAGCUGUUGGUCAAGCGGUUCCAAGUAAACCAUGUAAUAACUUUUCCUUUGAAGGGGAAGAUUUGGACAUUCCAUGGAGUGAUCUCGUUCUGAAGGAGAGAAUUGGAUCAGGUUCUUUUGGUACAGUCCAUCGUGCUGAUUGGCAUGGCUCGGAAGUUGCUGUGAAGAUUCUUAUGGAUCAAGACUUUCAUCCAGAGCGCAUCAGGGAAUUUUUAAGGGAGGUUGCAAUCAUGCAACGAUUGCGGCACCCAAAUAUUGUUCUUCUUAUGGGUGCUGUUACUCAGCCCCCAAACUUGUCCAUAGUUACAGAAUAUCUAUCAAGAGGCAGCUUGUAUAGACUUUUGCAUAAACCUGGCGCAAGGGAAGUGUUGGAUGAGAAGCGUAGGUUAAGUAUGGCUUAUGACGUGGCAAAGGGAAUGAAUUAUCUUCAUAACCGCAAUCCUCCUAUUGUUCAUCGAGAUUUGAAGUCUCCAAAUCUUUUGGUUGACAGAAAGUAUACAGUGAAGGUCUGUGAUUUUGGUCUUUCCCGCUUAAAAGCAAACACAUUUCUUUCCUCAAAGUCAGCCGCAGGAACUCCUGAAUGGAUGGCACCAGAAGUUCUUCGUGAUGAACAAUCAAAUGAAAAAUCAGAUGUAUACAGCUUUGGCGUGAUAUUGUGGGAACUUGCAACAUUGCAACAACCAUGGAGUACUUUAAAUCCAGCACAGGUUGUAGCUGCUGUUGGUUUUAAGGGCAAGAGGCUUGAUAUUCCGCGCAGUUUAAAUCCUCAAGUAGCAGCCUUAAUUGAAGCUUGCUGGGCGAAUGAGCCCUUGAAACGUCCGUCCUUUUCCGGUAUCAUGGAAACCUUAAGGCCUUUGAUUAAACCUCCAACAACUCAACCAGUUCGUGCAGAAAUGGACUUACUCACAUGAAGAAAAAUCUAGUUGAUGCACAUAAAUUUCAUUCUUUCGAUGAUCCGAUUUUUGGUCAGAAAUGCUGCUCGGAUAAUCUCAGGACCCAUUUUGUACAUGUUCAUUUGCCUAGAGAAUAGUUAUUUGUCAUUCAAUCCAAGAAGCUGCUGUUGCUCUUCAGGAGAUUACUAUCCUCAUUUCCAUACUUGGUCUUCUCAAGAAAAAUGAUUCCGUUCGCAAUUUUAUGAUCAAAUGCCAGCAGGCGUGAUCUGUUUGCCCAUAGUUUUGACAUUAUGCUUUAUUGUAACAGAGGUCAGCUUAGACUAGGAGAGGCAACAUGGAUGACACAUUCCUGGAAUGAGUGUUCAUAGCCCGUCCAUUAUAUUACCCUCAUUGAAAAGGUUAAUGAAUUAGCGCA